AUGACAGCUCUCUCAUACUCGCAAAUCAUCCGGUUGACGCUGGAGGCCAUUUUCCAGGUUUUUGUCGUCUGCGUGUUUGGCUACAUUGCCGCACGGUGUCGGAUUCUCACACCCCAGGCCCAGAAACAUAUCGCCAAUCUCAAUGUCUUUCUCUUCACGCCCUGUCUGAUUUUCUCCAAGCUGGCGUCGUCGCUGUCGCUGCAAAAGAUGAUCGAGGUGGCCAUCAUUCCGCUGCUGUUUGUGCUCAUGACCGUCGUGUCCCUGAGCUGCGCUAACCUCAUGGGCUGGAUGCUGAAGCUGAACAAGAACCAGGCCAACUUCGUCAAGGCCAUGGCCGUGUUUGGAAACAGCAACUCGCUGCCCGUUUCGCUGACAAUGGCUCUCAGCUACACGCUGCCCAACCUCUCCUGGGACCAGAUUCCAAACGACAACCCCGACCAGGUGGCAUCUCGUGGUAUCCUCUACCUCCUCAUCUUCCAGCAACUGGGCCAGAUCGUCCGAUGGUCCUGGGGAUACAACACCCUCCUCAGAUACGCCGACGAAGAGGAGGACGAGACCAACGUGGUCGCAGUGGUGGAGGAGGACGAGGAAAUCGUCAUUGAGUCACAUGACACCUCCGAACAGUCGCCCCUGCUCAUCAAAGACACCCGCGAGGAAACGGGAAUCCUGCUCAACAGCGAUGAAGAGGUGUCCGGAGGAACCGCAUCCACCUAUGGCAGCCACGUGACCCACUCCAACGACGGCAGCGACUCGGAUCACGUGUCCGGUGACAAUACCUGUAGCGACAACCACCACGUGACUGGCUCCGGUCACACGACCGCCUGUCAUUCUGCCGACACCUCCACCAACAAUUCCACCAUUGAUCUCCAUUCAUAUCAGUCGUCUCCCGCGGUGGAGGAGAUUGCUCGAAAACCUCGACGUAAAAACCACAAGAAGAAGCAUGGACACAAACACCGACACCGGCGCCGUCCCCAUGUGGUUAUUCGGGUUGCCAAGGCCGUUCUUAACUUCAUGAAUCCUCCUCUUUGGGCCAUGCUUGUAGCCAUCAUUGUGGCUUCCGUUCCCAUUUUAAAGUACGAGUUUUUCGAGAGCAACGAUAUCAUUCAGGCCACCAUCACCAAGGCUAUUCAGCAGCUGGGCUCGGUGGCCAUUCCAUUGAUUCUGGUUGUUCUGGGUUCGAAUCUCUCUCCCGACAGUGGGGCUCCUCCUGCUUGCAAAAACUACAAGAAGAUGGUUUUUGGCGCCAUCAUGGCUCGAAUGAUUCUUCCUGCCUUUGUUCUGCUGCCUCUGAUUGCAUGGGGAGUCAAGUACUCGGAGGUGAGCAUUUUGGACGACCCCAUCUUUCUGCUGGUGUCGUUCAUUCUAACCAUUGCUCCUCCAGCCAUCCAGCUGUCUCAGAUUUGCCAGCUCAACGGGUUCUACGAGAAGGAAAUGGCCGGCGUGCUGUUUUGGGGAUACGUGGUCUUGACCUUGCCUACCACGUUAUUUAUUGUCGUGUCGAGUUUGGAGGUGUUGGAUUGGGCCGGAAAGUUGGUGAGUUAG